AUGGCAAAAUUUUAUAAUACAGAAUUUAAAGAAGCACUCAGAGAAAUUGCGCAAAGGGUGGCUCAUUUUAAUUCACCAUACGAUCGCGUGCGAAUCGUUGAGUGGACACGUCGCUUGGCCGGAAUUAAAGACGACACGAUAGACGAGGCGAAAAAUCGAAACGACUAUAUUCAAUUGCUGAAAAUAAUGACACGAGGUGGCCGUUUGCAUGGUGUAUUUUUGAAAUGCCCACCCGAAAGUGAUAUCCCUCCACUGGCAGAGGCAAUGGCCAAUUUCCUCAGCGAUCAAUGUCCCGAUCUGCCUCGUGCUGGACCCGUCGAACCGAUCGUUUCCCGACAAACUCCUGACGGUUGCGCCUACAUCGCAUUCAGGAGGAUACCGGAAAAGGGUGUGCUUUGCUACAUGGCCGUCAGUCCGGAUGGCCUCAAGUUUGAGGAAAGCGAGUCCGAAAACGAGGAAAACCCCGAGCUUAACGAGACAAGGAUAGAUUAG